AUGUCAAGUUGCCUCCCUGGGUCAGCACGCCUGAAGAGUUCAUUUUAUAAACACAGACAAGCCCUGGUAAACAUGUCUGCUUGUCUUUGUUUGGUCACAUGGCAUGUUGUCAUGUAGGUCAGUCUGCCUCCUUGGACCAGCCAAGUUUCAUGAGUUUAAUGCCAGUAUGUUUGACAGUACAGAUGUGACUGCACUGUUUAAACUGUUGGGUAGUUGAGGAUUGGGGUAGACCCCCCACCCUGUUUUCCUCACCUGCCUGUGCCACCAUGAUAUCAAAUAAAACACAGACAGGCUUCUACUGUAUGACAUGAUAUGACCCAUACCAAAAGGACUUCUUGCCCGUGGCACUAUGAUAUCAAAUAACUGUAAUUAGUCCUCUCCAUUUUCCUGUAUGCCUGCGAAUCCUGGACAUUAACAGCCGAUCUUGAAAGGAAAAUAAAGGCGAUGGAGAUGAGAUGCUUCAGAAGCAUUUUGGGCAUCUGCUAUAGGGACCAUAACUCCAAUGAUACAGUGAAAGAAAGGGUUCGCCAGGCAAUUGGGGAGUACGAUGACCUACUGGUGACUGAAAAAACGCAAAUUACAAUGGUACGGUCACGUAACAAGGAAACAAGGGCCUGCCAAAGAAAUAUUGCAGGGCACCACAAGAGGAGGGAGAAGAAGAGGAAGACAAAGAAAAAGGUGGGAGGAUAACAUCAAAGAGUGGACAGGACUAACACUGGGCGAUGCAGUGCGUAGUGCUGAAGACAGAGAGGAAUGGAGGAGGAUGGUUCACAUGUCAUCUGUGGCGCCCCAACGGUCCAAGGACUAAGGGACAUGAGGAUGAGGAGGGUUAUUAACAUAGACAGACUUCUACUGUAUGACGAGAUAUGACCCAUACAAAUAGGACCUCUUUCCUGUGCACUGUAAUGGAACUGUUAUUUAAGUAAUAAUCAGUGAAGUUUCUAGACACUGACACUAGAUGUGUUUUAUAUAAGUUUAAGCACAAAAACAUCAUUGAAUAUGUCUUAAAUUAUCCUUUUUUGCUUCUAUGUGAAAAUGAUUCCAUGUGGUAAAUUGUGCGGUAAAAUGUAUAAUGAGUACGUAGAUUCAAUAGUUUAAAUAAUAAAUAGCCUUGAUUUUGACAGUAGACACAAGUAAGAAGUACAUUGAAAUAAAUUUGACUUUUCGUUCUUUCAGGAAAGUGAGUAUAUAUCAGCCAAUCCACACAACUUAUAUACUUUGCUUCUGAAAAAGGAAUGAUAAUCAGUAGCAUAGUAUUCCAACAUAAACAAAUACAUGAAGCGACAUGGAUUUACCCUAAAUCAAAUAGACCACGUACUCAUCGACCGGAGGCAUGGCUCGGACAUAUCAGAUGUGAAAAGUUGUAGAGGGUCGGACAUUAACUCAGACCACAUGCUUGUUAGAAUCAAAUAUAAGCAAAGAAUUUGUAACAUCCACAAUAAACAAAAUAAAAGAGAAAAACAGUACAAUAGUCAGAAACUGAGUAGGGACCCAAAAAUUGCUGAGGAAUAUCAACAGAAGAUUGAAACCCUAAUAGAAUUAUCCAAAAGAGAAUCAGCCAGCAACUUUGAUAUAAACCAGCAAUGGGAAAAGAUGAAGCAAAUAGUUACAAGUGUAACAGAGGAAACGAUUGGAUUUAAACCAGCAGUGAAAAGAACAGGAUGGUAUGACGCAGAAUGCAAAGAACUUAUAGAACAAAGAAACAAAGCUCGGCUAAUGAUGCUGCAAAGGGAGACAAGAAGAACACGACAAUUAUAUAAUGAAGCAAGAAGGGUGGCCAGAAAAAUUUGCAGAAAGAAAAAACGUGUUUGGGAAAAAUAAAAAAUAGUAGAGAUAGAAGAGUUGGCAAAAGAAAGUGAUGUGAGGGGAAUGUACCUGAAGAUAAAGCAGGAAAAGAAUGGCUUUCAAGCAAGAUCCCACAUGUGUGAAAGCACGGAUGGAGAAUUGAUCACAGAGAGCAGUAGAGUACUAGAAAGAUGGGAACAACACUUUGAAGGCCUACUGAAUGGCUCAGGUGGAGGAACCAAUGAGGAUUACGCCCCGCCACAAGGAGGACCAGACCCACUGGUCAACCAACCAACUUUAAAUGAAAUAAAAGAUGUAAUCUCCACCAUGAAAAAUAACAAAGCCCCAGGAAUAGACCUUAUCCCUGCAGAACUCAUAAAGCUAGGUGGUAGCGAACUGCAUAGGCAAAUACACGAACUUAUAACCAGAAUCUGGCAGGAGGAAGAAAUGCCAACUGAAUGGGACACGGCACUCAUAAUCCCAAUCCACAAAAAGGGAUCUAAGUUGAUAUGCUCAAACUAUAGAGGUAUCUCCCUUCUUAAUGUAAUGUACAAAAUCCUCACAAAACUUAUAGCGAGAAAAUUGGAAAAGUAUAGUGAACAGAUCCUAGGGGACUAUCAAUGUGGAUUCCGGCAGAAUAGGUCAACCACGGAUCAUAUUUUUACUAUAAGAUGUCUCCUGGAGAAAUGCUACGAAUAUAACAUCGACAUACACCAACUAUAUGUGGAUUACAAAACAGCAUAAGAUAGCAUAAACAGGAAUUACUUAUACAAUGCUUUACAAGAACUUGGAGUCCGUAACAAGCUUACUCGGCUCAUACACAUGACAAUGGCCAACUCCAAAAGCAGAAUCAAGGUUCAGGGAGAAUAUUCUAGGGAGUUCAUAGUUAAUCGGGGCCUCAGACAAGGAGACUCACUAUCAUGUAUCCUGUUCAAACAUCACGCUAGAAAAAGUUAUUAGAAGAAUUCACAUUAGCACCAGUGGAACCAUAACAAACUAUUUCCAGAGAGAUACUACAGAGCAACGACCACCAGGAACCUUAUAUAGCCAACCAUUGCAGUACCUGGCAUAUGCAGAUGAUAUAGCACUACUGGGUAGAAACCGUAAUGACAUAAUUAAAGCAUUCAGGGAACUUGAAAAUGCCUCAUUCAAAGCUGGCCUUGAUAUAAAUGAACCGAAGACAAAAUAUAUGAUAAUGUCAAGAAACUCCCAUGCUGAUGAUAACAUCAAUAUAAACAACCACAAAUUUGAGAGAGUGGACACAUUCAAAUAUCUAGGGGCAACUAUAAAUGAGCACAAUGAGAUAAUGACAGAGGUGAAAGAAAGGAUAACACCAGGCAACCGUUCCUAUUUCAGUCUACAAAAGCUACUGGGAAGCAAAAAACUCUCAAGGGGAACAAAGAUGACAAUAUACACAAACAUCAUAAGACCUGUAGUAACGUAAGCUAGUGAGACCUGGACACUCAUCAGAAACUACUCAACACAUGAGAGAGGAAAAUCCUCCGAAAAAUAUACGGCCCGGUGAUAGAAAAUGAUAUCUAGAGAAUCUGUACAAACCAAGAACUUUACCAUUUGUACAAAGAACCACCCAUAGUCACAGUGAUAAAAAAAAGGCAGACAACGCUGGGCAGGACAUGUUAAAAAGAUGCCAGAAAGGAGAGCAGCCAAAGUUACAUACAGGCAGAAGCCUAGGGGCAGACGACUCACCGGUCACCCAAGGCUGAGGUGGAUUGAUGAUGUGGAGACAGACUUACACCGGUUGGGGGUUCAAGCAUGGAGGCGGAAAGCCACGGAUCGCUCUGAGUGGAAGGAUGUGGUGCCACUGAUGAUGAUAAUGAUAUAAAGACUUCGGAAUAGCACUCAUAGCGUCUGCUGGCGCAAGCGAUGGACUCACCAACCGAAUGUUCAUUGAUUCACAGCAAACCGUUGUUGGUCUUCCGGAUUUUGAGAAUACUGCUAUCUUAACUGGGGUGAAAAGGGAGGUGAAACAUUGUUUUGUAAAAUAUUAUUUGAAAAUUAACUUGGAAAUUAUGAAUUGUGAACAUAAAAUUUCAAAAUGGCUUAGGAAUGGUUUAUUAUAAUUUUAAAAGAAAAAAUAUAUACUCUUGUCAAUGCUAAUAAUAAUAAUAAUAAUUAUUAUUAUUUGACAUUUAAGGGCUCCGAAAAUCUAAUUUAGAAAAGCAAAAAUCCAUAUUUAGAAAAUGAAGACGUGUUAUUAAGCUUAAAAAGAAUAUUUGCGAAAAAAAACGCAAAUAUUUUAAAAGCUUGCCGUUGAAAGUUAUUUCACAUUAUUUUUAUUCCCAGUUCAUUGAAAUUCAAGCUACAACAUUAUCCGAAGGAACUCCAAGUAUUUCAACUCAAAUCAACUUCAAUUCCAUCCCAGGGUUUAAUUCGACCACCCCAAAUCAUGGAAUUUCUUCAAGGAACCAAGUAACCAAUCAAACUUCUUAUUUAAAUUCACUCCCAAACUCUUCUUCCACACAAUCUACAAGUAGGCAAGACUCUACUUAUUCAUAUCCUUUAGUCGACCGAUCUACAAGCAGAGAGGGAUCAACUACUUCAUAUC